AGUCUCUGCAUCAAUGCCCGAGGGUGCGGUUGUGUUAUUGACGACAUUCAGAGCGCUCUUAGUCAGCGUGAGGCGCCUCUUACCAAUUUGAGCUGACGAGAGAGCAAGUACGUGAUCUGCAAGGAUGACCGUGCAUGUUUGAACCACGGUUGGCGUGCUCGGAGCCUUCUUCAUCUGCCAUCUGGGCAUACUACUGGAGCUCACUUAUCAGCAGCGUAAUGUAUUGCAUAUUGCGCUGCUCGAUAGUGCAUGCGAGUCUUAGGAUCGCUCUGGCUCGACCAUAGAGGUCCCUCGCACGCCAUCCACCCAGGAUCUGACGCGUAGCCGCUCUUGAGCUCGAGUUCCAGUACAUAUCAGCAAGCUUCCGCGACGAUGCUACUGACCGCUCCACCAGCCUUCCCAUCCUCCGGAGGCUCACUGAAUCAUGACCAUAGAGACUUCGGCGAGGAGCCUGAGAGUCGCCGUCGUCGGCGGGGGUCCCGGCGGGCUCGCGACGGCGAUCGCUCUGUCGAAGAUCCCGAAUGUGGAGGUGAAGAUCUACGAGCAGGCGAGUCUGCUAAGGGAGGUAGGAGCUGGGAUCAGUAUCGGGCAGAACACCUGGAACGUCCUCGAGUUGCUCGGAGUGGCGGACACGCUCACGAGUGGCCAUGUCAUUGACGCUACACUGAAUCUUAAUGGCAAGACUGGAGAGGAGAUACACCGGCAGGUGAAGACGGUAUCGGUGAAGCGUCCGCAGAUACGCGCCCAGCGGACGAAGCUGCAGUCUGCCCUCCUUGCGCACGUCCCGCCCAGGGUCAUCGAGCUGUCGAAGAAGCUCACGCGCGUGGUCGAUAAGGGAAAGGAGGGCAUCGAGCUGCAUUUCAAAGACGGUACGAGCGCGACAGCUGACCUUGUGGUUGGUGCGGACGGGAUCCGCUCGAUGGUCCGGGACGCCGCAUGGCCUGACUACGAGAUCAAAUACACCGGCACCACCAUCUGGAGGGCACUCCUGCCCUGGGAGGACGUCGUGAAGCAAGACCCCCGCUUCGCCACUACCGCAUGGUGGCACGGCCCGACCACGCACGUCUGGCUAUCGCCUGUUGGCGAAGGCCUCGGUGAAAUUGCCGCGAGGAGCUGGCAAGACCCUGCCGUGCAUAGCGCGGACAAGGUCAGCUGGGGCGUCCCAGUCGGCAACGCGUACGUCCAGUCACAUUUCGAGGAAUACCUUCCUGGGAUCCGAGAGGUGAUUAGCUGGGUGAAGGAGGGUGACUGGAGGGAGUUCGCGGCGUUCGCCGGACCCGAACUCUCGAAACUCACCGCAUGGGACGACAAGGUCGUCCUCGUCGGCGACUCCUCACAUGCUCUCUCCGGUGCGUUCGGGUCGGGCGCGGGCUUCGCCAUGGAAGAUGGCUGGGUCCUCGCGCAGGCGCUGCGAUACUACCGCAACGACGUCCACCGCGCCCUCCCACUCUUCGACCGCAUCCGGCUCCCGUACUACGCGCGCAUGUAUGCGCAUCUGGGGGAACAGGCCGCCCAACGUGCUGCGAGACUUGAAAGACUUGGGGACUCGGCGUCGUAUGAUGACCGUGUGAGGGUGAAGAUCAUCACGGACGGUGGGAAGGAUAUGUCUUGGAUAUAUGGAAACAAUAUCGGCAAGGUAUGGGACGAGGCGAUAGAUGCACUUCAACUAGAAUAGAGAUGGUUGGCCGAUUGGACGUGCACUCUCCUCGUCAUAUUGGACCACAGCGCGUGACGGUGAGCGGUUAGUACCAGACGCUUCUGCCCGCUGCCGAUACCUGGCACUCUGCUGACUGUGGAGAUGAGGUCAAUCAGAGUGUGUAAGAGGACGAGACAAAAGUUCAUUGCUCAGUUGCUCAAGAGGAAUUGACGGGACAGG